AAAGCGAAUGGGCGCGACUGAAACGAGUCUAAAACUCGAGCGAUUGCUCAAUAUUCACAUGACUCACUCUCGCAAAAAUAAGACGUGGAAGUGAGGCUUGUGACGUCAUACGGCACGGGAUGUGGUUUUGGUUCUCAUACAUAAGCAAUCCAAUCUUCCUCGCGUAUCCCCGGUCACUUCUCAUGAAAAAUGCACGGCUGAUACUUCAUCAAGAACCAUGUAAAGGCCCUUUGGAAUUUUCCUCGUUCAGGCACGCACUUUUGUGGUGAUUCGUUUGGACGAUGUCCCAAUUUCGGGUUCAGAAAGUGACUAAAGUUCGGGGCCUUUCUGAACUAUCGUCGACAAAGAGUCCGAAUUCUGAAACCAAAAAACCUCGAAGUACGUCCGCCGCCAACACAACAACAGCGCCAACGCAAACGAGACAAAAGAAAACCUCAGCCGGAAAGCCAGCAGCGGGGAAGAACCCAAUAGACAGCAAGGGUUCUCCAACCAGUGAAAAAUCUUCCAGACCGGCAACUAGGGGAAGACCUUCAACAGGAAGGAAACCCAGUGCUAAGAGCUGUCCAGAGCAAGACAAAAAGCAAGCUCCCGCAGCUUCACCAAAAUCUAAAUCUGCAGUAGAGGCACCAGAGCUCCCACCUAGACCAUCUGUGGCAUCCAAACCCACCACACUUCUUUCACAGAACCCUACAAGCACCACAGUCAAGUCUAAACCAGAAGUGAAAAAAGAGAGUAGCUACGAUGCCAGUUGUAGUGACAAUGAACAAAGCAGUGAACAAGGCAGCCAUGAAAAGUUAAACCCAGACGGAGAUUUUGGGUAUGAAACUGGGUCUUAUGAUGACAGUGAUGUUUCGAAUAGUGACCCACUCAGCCCGUCAGCAAGAGACGAAAACAAAAUACUGCUUGGUGAUGUGCAAUCUAAUGGGUAUGCAUACGCAGGAUUGGAAUUCCGACCUCUAAUUGUGCAGGAUGAUAUUGGCAUCGCUGGGCCUAUAGACACUAGACGCCCCAGUGAACAACAACAACUUGAUACAGUAGAACAGUCCCAAAGGCAUUCUUACGCAUAUGCUGGGGCAGAGUUCAGGCCAUUAAUUAUUGGUGAUGAUGGGGGUGUUGCUGCCCCUGUAGAUACAAAAAAACCUACAACAAUGACGGCAUAUGAGGAGGUUGAAAUUGUUGGUGGGGAUUUUGAUCGUGCAAAUCCGAACAUGAUGCAGCUUAAGAGUGAUGGAGAAACAUCUUAUGCGGAUAUCAUUCCAGAUGGAAAAAACCCAGAUGAUUCUAGUGGGCCAUUAGGUGAUGUGUAUGCUGUUGUGAACAAACCGAAAAAGAGUGCCCCGCCCUCCGAUAGUAAUAACACAGACAUUCCCCCCAGGGGUGUGGUUAGGUCUGCAAGUGGUAGUCUGUAUGAAUCGAUAACUGAGGAGCUUCAAGACAUGAUAAAAGCCUGUGAUGCUGGCGAGGGGCAGAGGAAGGACUCUAGGUCAGGGGCCGAAGGUGCUGCCCCGCCUCCCUUGCCCAGACCGUAUACUGGGGCUGGGCCUAAGACUCCCAAUGGUGAAGGUAAACCUGAAGCUGAAGUGACUAAUGAAAGUGAAGAGACAUCAGAGAUGCCUAUCUAUGCUGCUGUACAAAAGCCAAAAGACAAACCUAAAGCAAAGCCAAAGCCCAAGGAGCUCGACCGACCAGUAUCGACAAAUGAGCCACCUCCUCCACUCCCAAAUAGACAAGGUCUCCUUAACAACACAGACAGUCUAGGAAGAGAAAACCAGUCCCCUGGUCAUGUGCUUGACUUUCCUGAGAAACCAAAAAGACCUGAACUUGGCUUCCUGAAAUUACACAGGAGAAAGCUAUCAGAUGGGAACAUUGCACUGAGUUCUGAAAACGUCUCAAGAUUAAAUUAUUCUACGCCUUCCAAGAAAGGCCAUCGUCGUUGUAGAUCUCAAGAUGACCUUAAAGAAAUCAUAAACAUUAAACAUGAAAUUGAUAUUUCACAGGAUAUAACGGCAAAUCAGUUGUCAAGUAAAAACCGAACUGGGUCUAGUCAAGCUAUAGAGGCUUAUCUUGAGGUAGAUGUGACAACAGACGUACCCAUCACGCCAAAAGAACUGAAGGAGGCCGACCAGCCAUGGGAGAGUAAUGAGUAUGAGUUGCCUGAUGGAUGGAUGGAGGUUGAGAGUGGAACAGGGAGCAAGUACUACUGGCAUGUAUCUUCUGGGACCACACAGUGGGAGAGACCUCAAGUUGCUCCCAGACCAAAGAGGAAGUCAGCUGAAGUUCAAAAAGCACCUUUGCACGAGAAACAGAAGGUGCUGAGUUUCCCUGUGCAUUCUAUGGGAUGGGUGGAGUUAGAAGAGAACCAGGUUGCCCCACACAACAUGAGUGAGACUAUUGCAGAUUGCAUCAGCACUCUGGCCAAGAAUCGAAACGACCUCUGGAACACCAGUGAGACAUGGGGAGAGGGUAAAGACAUUCGCCUGCUGUUGGAGGGUGACACCCUCAAGCUGGUAGAGCCCAGGAAUAAGGUGACACUGCUGGUCCAGCCCGUUUCUAAGAUGAGAGUCUGGGGUGUAGGCAAGGAGGAUCACAGGGACUUUGCCUACGUUGCCCGUGACCCACACACCAGCAAGCACAAGUGUCACAUGUUUCGUUGCCAUGGUAACAUAUCAGGACGUGCCAUCACGAAUGCUUUGCAUGAGAUGUGUAACAAGAUAUUAGAAGAGAAAAGGCGGGCGCAAGAGAGUGUCAGCAAGACUGCUCAGCCUAAACCAUGGUCUGACAUUAUGAACACCCCACCACCACCCUCUGCAAAACAGCAUGCUGGCUUCAACGAAAAACCACUCCGAGAACAGAAGAAAACGUUCACGGCCAAGUUUGUGGGCUCAACUGAUGUGAACAAGCCUACAGGAAUGGACAUGUUGAACAAAGCCAUCAGCAAGGUGUGGUCAAGGGGUGGUCCUAAGAGAACAGUCCUCAUCGAGGUCACCGUGUCAAGCAUUAAAAUCACAGACUGUACGUCUCAAGAAGUGAUUGCUGAGGACCGUGUUCGUUUCUUGUCCUUCAUGGGUGUUGGCAAGGAUGACAGCCUGUGUGGGUAUGUGAUGGCAAAUGGCGCCGAUAGCUUCGUCUGUCACGUGUUCCAGUGUUCGCCUAAUGCAGCCACCCUUACCAAAGCCCUUCGUGAAGCAUGUCAGCUGCGAUUUCAGAAGUGCUUAGACGCUCAUCCCGAGGCAGCGGCGCGAAUACCUGCCCCAGACGCAGAGAAAUCUAAGGACAAAGAUAAGGGUAACUUCAUGUCCAGCGUGCAAGGAUUCCUGGGAAAACUUGGUACUCGGAAAAUUGGCGGGAAAAAGGAUGAAAGUACUCAGAAUGGCGGACCCGCGCUAUUACCAAAACCCACUCACACUUUUAUGGUGAAGUACUACGGAGCCCUGCCUGUUGCCGUCGGUACGGGCAUCGAGACUGUUCAAGAAGCUGCUAAGCACUUGACCGGGGGUACCCUGCUGAUCUGUCAGCUAGAUGUAGCUAUUAAUGGCGUUACACUCUACGACAGCCAGCGCAGCGUUUUGUCACGCAGGCACAUGGACGCUGACACCAUCUCCUACUGUGGGCUCACCAGUAACAACAGUCACUUUGGCCUGAUACAAAGCCAGGGAGGAGGAAAGUAUAUCUGCCACGUAUUUUCAGAAUACAAGACAAGAGCCGGACCAAUAGUCGCGGCCAUUCAAGAGACGAUGUAAUCGAUCGUUCUCCAUUGAUGAGCACCGCUUGGUUUACUGCUUGUAGACAGGCAGCACGGUGGAAAGUAUAGGUGGUAACCAUGUGACUGGGUUUUGAUGUGUAUUUUUCCUGUUUAUGAAAUUUUCAGGUAAUUUGUUGGGUCAAAGAUUUCGAUUUUUUCGUUGAACGAAAAAUAAUUAUAAUUGUUUCAAUUGAAUUCCCGUUUCUGAAAGGGUGAAUUAUUCGCAUUUUUGGUGCCAAUUUUUUUUUAUAGUAAGAUGGGUGGAUCCGUCGGGUUAUUUUGUAUUUUUAUGUCAUUUUUUACAAACAUAAAUGAUUAUUUUUAUUCGAGCGUCAAAGUAACAGCUUUGUAUAAUGGAUUCGUGUUGGGAACUCGAGAAAGAUGUUAAAGAAGCGUACUCUGUUCUUAGCCGAAAUAAGGUGAUGAAGUAGAAAAGGCGGAACAAGCUUGGUAAUACUUGCUUUGACGAAUGAAUAUAUCUGUUGUAAUUUACUUUAAACCUUUAGUUAAAGAAGCCCACUCGCCCUUCCUAUGAUGCAUUGCAUUAGCAGCUUAGAUAGUGCUAGGUUACUGUAUGUGUGCAUAUUUACAGUCUGAUUGUAAAAAGUCUUGAAAAGCCGCAAAAAUGCCUCUGAAUCUAGGACUUUUUGCCUGUGUAUAAAAACUGCAACAAUGCCUUGCAUUUUGGGAAAUGUGAGCUUGCCCGUUUGGCUGAGUAUAAAGUCUUCUACAGUCUUUACACAAAUAGCUGCUACCACAGCAUUGGUACUAAGAUGGUAUCGAUAAAUAUUGAAUCUAGAAUAGUUGUAUGUUUAUCCCAUCGGCUGUUACCGCUUAAAAUGUACAUAGAAUUAACAGGUAAUCUAACUCAAAUAGUACUUCCGGCUCGCUACUAGGACCUCUCUAUUCCUUUGUCUUGUUAGGAUUAGGCGGCCUGGUGCCGAUCCUUGCUUCUACAGGUUCUAUAAAGACAGUAUGUAGAGAAGGAUGUUAAUGUAUGGUCCAUAUAUUCGUGAUGCGAUAAACCAAAACAAUACAAAAUUAAUAGGAUAUUAUCAAUUCCGAUACAGAAUAGGUGUUUUUUGUAGGAUUACCUGUGGUUUAUAACCAAGGGUAAUCACUUUACUAUAAUUAUAUUCGUUUUCAUUUAAACUUUUACUUGAAUUAUCUUAUAGAAAUGAUAUGAAUUGACUGUAAGAGCGUUUUAUGAUAUAUAUCAGAUUAUUUGCCCAAGAGAGGUUUCAGAUAUUUACGAAUUAUUUUUAUAUUUGCGUUGAAGGAAUAAGAAUAUGAACAAACGUGAAGAUAUCGAUGGUUAGUCAUAUAUUUUAGUUAGGUAAAACAGAGUAUAAUUAUUUAUGAAUCAGCUUUAAAUGAAAUAAUAGGUUAAAUUAGAUUGUCUUUAGGGAAGUUUUGGUGAUUGCUUUACAUCAGUUUAACCCAACUUAUUUUAAAGCAGCUGUGUUAUGACCUUCCGUUGGCCAUGGGAAACCUUUGCUCUGCUUUUGUUUAAAUCCUUGUCGAUCGAACUGUUUGAAAUUUAUAGGGCAACGCGCUACAAGACCGCCAAGACAAAGGUUAACCAUGCAACGCGCGCUAUCGUGGCCACCAAGGCAAAUGUUUACCAUGCAACGCGCGCUACCGUGGCCACCAAGGCAAAGGUUUGCCAUGCAACGCGCGCUACCGUGGCCACAAAGGCAAAUGUUUACCAUGCAACGCGCGCUACCGUGGCCACCAAGACAAAGGUUAACCACGCAACGCGCGCUACCGUGGCCACCAAGGCAAAGGUUUACCAUGCAACGCGCGCUACCGUGGCCACCAAUUCAAAGUUAGGAAUGUCUCCAGUGAGCAUGCGAGAUUCACUGUAAAGCGUUUCUUUGCCACGCUUGUUGGCUAGUGAAGAUGUAGCGAAUCACCGAGCACGUUUCACGCAUCCUUGUUGGGCUUAUUUCCCAAAACUGUCAAGGUGUUCACGGUAGCGCGCGUCGCACUAAAAAUAGUGCAUUACUUGAAGUAUUACGCAGGAUUUCCGUAUGCAUGCGCUAUCUAAUAAAUCUUACAAAUCAGAGGUAAUUAUGCCCUCGUGUGGUGUCAGCAACCCAAACUAAAAUUACUGCUGUAGCGUUACUGCAAUUUUCAUAUUUUUGCGAAAACAGGCGUAGAAUCCCCCAUUUGAUUGCCUAACCUUGUUUUACUGCAACAAAACUAAAUUUCGAGAUCAGUAGCAGCAAUUUCGAAGCCAGUAACAGCUGGCGAGAAUUUGUUGGACAUUGAAGAUUGCAGUAACUUACCUUCUUAUCGUCUAAUAUGAUUCUCUACUAGGAUGUCCUUUGACUUGUGCGUCUCUCCAUAGGAAACCGAUAGGAAACCAGCGCUGAUCUGCCAGAACUAAAAACUGCAUAGUAUUACGUGCCUUUAGUAAAGAAAAGGGUUGCUAGAAUAUACUCGAGUGAUUGUAUUCAAAGUAAAACCUGUAGAUCUUGCCUAUUAAAACAGACAACUCGG